AUGACCGACGCCAAAAGUCUGACGCCCGUGAAACGGCACGUCACGACCAACACCGACGACGGCGUGUCCAUCUUCUCCUCCAAAAUCUCCCCGCACCCUCCGUCGAAGCAGCUCCCCGACGGGGUCAAGAUGGCCUUUUGCUACGGCUGUCAGAGCGUCCCCGUCGACUUGGCCGGCGAGCGGGACCUGCAGUCUUACCAGCACCUGAUCGACAACCCGCCGGGCAUCGUGAUCCCCAACGGCUUUGCCUGCCGCAUCCUGGACCUGCCUCCGGGAUACGAGUCGGCGUCGCACCGGACCAUCAGCGUGAACUUCAACGUCGUGGUCGAGGGCCAGAUGGAGUUGACGCUGGGGUCGGGAGAGAAGCGAAUCCUCGGGCCCGGCGACUCGGCCAUCCAACGCGGCGUCGAUCACUCGUGGAGGAACGUCAGCUCGACGGGCUGGGCACGCAUGGUUGCGGCCGUCGUGCCGGCCGAGGCUUUGCAAUUCGGUGGCGUCGAGGUCAAAGGCAGUGGGAUUCAGGGUAUGGACGCUUCUUAG